AUGUGGCAGGAUUUGUCAUUUGUGGUGUUGGAGACUGAAAGCAAGAAUCAUGAAGUUAGAGGUAAGAGCACAUGGGUGGAUUUGCAGCCUCAAAUUCUUGGAGGUAGCAAGGCUCGUGUGGUGCAGUUUGUGUUGCUGCAGGAGGGGAAUGAACAAGGAAGCAUAAAUGUGAAGCUACCGGAAAGCUUUGAGGAUGUUGCUGUUGAGUUUUCAGUCGAGGAGUGGACGACACUGAGUGAACAGGAGAAAGCAUUGUACAAGGAGGUGUUGGUGCAGAACUAUGAGAACAUGGUUUCAGUUGGGUAUAACAUUCCACUGAAGCAACUUCAUGUAUUUCUUGCAAGGUUUGAGUCCAUUCCAUCUGGUAAUACAGAAGGAGGUGGAACUUUACAGGAGGAGGGCCUUCCCGAUGGCAUGAAUGAUGUUAACAGGUAUGCAGAUUGUAGUAAAAAUCUGAGUCUGCAAUUAAUACACGGAAAAAAUCUUCAUUCAGAAAGUGACAAGGCUUUGGAAAAUGAUGCGUUGCUCUUAAGAUAUGAUGGUGUGCAGAAUGACAGCAGGCGCCAUAAUCCUGUGGAAUGUAACAAGAAGCUCAAUGUGAAAACUGAAAUAGAAAAGCAUCUGGAAAGUCAAGGAGGGGAAAGGUCAUGUAAAAAUGUUCACUGCAGUGAAAAAUUCAUAGUUCUUAGAAACAAUUUAAAUGAUCGACUAAAUCACAGAGUGAAAAGACAAAAUAAUACAAUGGUGAAACAUACAGAACCAUUGAUCAAAGAGGGUACCAUGUGUGACAAGGGAUCUAUAAACAAAAUCGGCUCAUACCAUAUUCUUACUAGACAAAAAUCUGGUAAGUGUUCCACGUGCGACAAGGGAGUUGUGGAUGAAAGAAGUGUGGCAUUGCAUCAUCAUGACCCUAGUGAGCAGAUGCCCUAUAAAUGUACCACACGUGGCAAAAAUUUUAAACAGAAGUACAGCUUGCAAAACCAUGAUCCAAUUCAAAGUGGACAGAAUACGUAUAAAUGUGCACUACGUAAUAAGGGUUUCACCUAUAAAACAAGUUUACUAAUGCACCAGAAUAAACUCUCAGUUCAGAGACCCUUUAAAUGUACUAGAUGUCGUAAGAGAUUUGCACAGAAGAUUAGCUUAAAGCGACAUCACUGUGCCCAUUCAAGUCAGAAAACCUACAAAUGCAGGGUUUUGGUAGGUCAUCAGUUAAUCCAAACCAGGCAAGGCUCAUAUAAAUGUACUGCAUGUGACAAGAGUUUUAGAUAUAAGAGCCGACUGGUCAUUCAUCAAAAUGUCCACACCAAUCUGAAGCCAUAUAAAUGUAUUACAUGUGAUGAGGUUUUUAACAGGAAAAGUAGUUUGAUACGUCAUCAGAGUAUUCACAGCGAUCAGCACCCUUAUAAAUGUACCUUGUGUGACAAGAGUUUUAAAUAUAAGUAUGUCCUGGUAGUACAUCAGAGUGUCCACACCAGUAAGAAGCUCUACAAAUGUAUUACUUGUGGUGAACGUUUUAAGCAUAAAAGUACUUUGGCACGUCAUCAGCAUGUUCACAGCAAUGAGCAACCAUAUAAAUGUACCCUGUGUGGCAAAAGUUUUAAAUAUAAGUGUGUUCUGGUAGUACAUCAGAGUGUCCACACCAGUCUGAAGCCCUACAAAUGUAUUACUUGUGAUAAGGGUUUUAAGCAUAAAAGUAGUUUGGUACGUCAUGAGCGUAUUCACAGCGAUAAGCAGCCAUAUAAAUCUACCAUACGUGACAAGGGUUUUAGAGAUAAGAGCCAUUUAGCACUGCAUCAGACAGGACAGAAUCUUUACAAGUGUAGUGUGUGUGGCAAGGGUUUUAUACGCAAAAGUUCUUUGCUAAGUCAUCAAAGGAGCCAUGGUAAUUAGCAACCGUAGAAGUGUACGAUCUGUGAUGGGUGUUAUAAGAGUAAAUUGGCAUUACAUGAGCUUUUCCACAAUAGACAGAAACCCUACAGAUGUCCUACAUGUAACAAGGGUUUUAUAAAUGAGAGCAGAUUGGCAGUUCAUGUAAGUAUCCACACAGGACCUACUACUCAAUAAAACUCAAACCGUAAGAAACCUGAUAGAACACAUGAAUGCAGUAAUUAGGACUGUCCAUAGAGAUCCAUGUGAUAUAACUAAAGUAAACAGGA